AUGGACAUAUGUACUAGGCUCAUUGAAAAAAUUCACUACUGCGCUUAUCAAUUUCCAGAACAUCUAAACUCUUCGUCUUUUACGGGCUAUGUGAAUCGGAAGGGACGUGUCGGCAAUGCGCAGAUUCACGGUAUUCUUACUACAGAUGUAAUCAACAGGUACGGUAUAAUUUUGGACAGGUGCCAAGAGGACUGUUUCCUCGGCGAAACAUGUGACCGGGGCUUUUGCUGCCCCAUACCACGGCCCCUUAUAGGCCUACAAAGUGAAGCACCACGCAUAAUACCGCAACCUGCUGCACAUGAUAAACCUACCGCUAUGACGGGCAACUCGGACAACAAUGUGGACGAGUUAUGCCCGGAUGGAUCCCCGUGGACGAAACGAUGUCGGCAAGAGGAAGAUUGUGACAUGAACAAGGAAGUAUGUGCUGAGGGAAAGUGUUGCGCAAAAUAUCAUAGUAUGAAACUGUACCUUACUGUAUCUACAGCAUCUCAGCAUCUCAACGAAUAA